AUGGAAAAAAAGAAGUUCGCUGUUAUCGGUGGAGGUUGGUCCGGUAUAUAUGCCUUAAAGUACCUGUUGGAAGAACAACUGGAUGCCCGACUCUAUGAACGUGAACCGAAUCUUGGUGGAGUAUGGCUCUACAAAGAAGCACCAGGUGGUGUCUAUCGAUCGACACAUGUUACGUCAUCGAAAACGUUCCUACACGCCUCCGACUUUCCGAUGGCCAAAGAGAUUGCUCAUUUUCCAAAACAUGAUCAAGUACUUGCUCAUUUAAACUCGUAUGCUGAUUAUUUCAAUUUAUGGUCUCACAUGCAUUUUACCUGUGACGUUGUCAAGAUUGAAAAAGGCCAAGAUGAUCAAUGGAGGGUACGAUUUCGAAAUGACGGAAGAGAGAUAGUAGAAGUAUUUGAUGGAGUAGUGAUAGCUGUCGGACAACAUCAAACAGCUAAUGAUCUUCGCCAUGUUGAACCGUUGGAUCAAUUCACAGGGACUAUGUCCCAUAGCAUAUCAUACAAAGAACCAGAUGACGCUCUCUACUGUGAUAAAACAAUUCUGAUUGUUGGCGGAGGCGAAACAGCUAGUGAUUUGGCCGUUGAACUUUGCAGAGUUGCUCGUCGCAUUUACAUGAGCAUUCGAGGGGGUCAAUGGUUUCAAGAACGUCUCACCGGAGAUCAACCCGCAGACAUUCAUUUCACGAAGUCCUUGGGAUUCUUUGGUUUUUACGAUAAUAUAUGGGUUAGAAUCGGUUGGUCAGUGUUAAUUCGACCCUUUUGGGGUGAAGGCGGAACAGGAAUCAUAGAAUGGAAACCUCGAUGUCGGCUUUUCCAUGGUUUUAUCAAUAAAAGUCGAGAGGUGGUCCAUAGAGUGGCACAAGGAAUAGUCAUACCUAAGAGGGCGAUCGCGAGCAUCAAGGAAAAGCUGGUCACUUUUGACGGUGACGGAAAACCGGUGCAUAUUGAUCAUAUUCUGUUAUGCACUGGGUAUAUACGCUCUCAUCCGUUUUUAGAUGAGAACUUGGAGAAAGAGGUCGACAUCAAAUUUCUUUAUCAAUUGAUCUUUCCUGUCAAUCUGCCUAAUCUUGCUUUUGUGGGCACUGCUCGACCGGUGUUUGGCUCUAUUCCUUCACUUGCCGAGUUACAAGCUCGUCGUGUCGCGCAAAUAUUUUCCGGUCGAGCAUUUCUUCCGUCGCCAACAAAUAUGUCCACCUGGUUAAGCAAAUAUUGGAAGCGUCACACUCAACUCUAUCCAUUCGAUGCACGACUUCGACAGCUUGUCAAUCAAUUCGAGUAUACUGAACUAUUAGCUGAUGAGGCAAAAGUAAAACCUAAUUUAUGGCGAUUAUUUUUUUCGCAACCUCGCAAAUGGUAUACAAUUUACUUUGAAAGUCCGUGGACUCCUUUUCUCUUCCGUAUGAAUACGAUCGAAUCCGAAGACGAGAAACUAGCGUAUGCCAGGCAUGUGGAAUGUAUUCCUCGACCAGAUCAGCCGUUUGGCAACUACAAACAAUUUAUUCGAAGUGCCAUUGUUUGUGCUUACUAA